UCGCGCUGGGUGUGCAUGUGGGGGGCGGAACGACAAAAGGCAGAAGGAAUUCCCUGUGUUCUCUGGAAAAUCAUGACAGGCACCCCCUCGAAGCUGCACAACUCUCUGCCACAUCCAGCACUGCAGCUUUCGACUUUAUACUGAGCCUCAACUGCGACUGUAUCCAGUGUUUUUUCGUGUUGUAAACUUCUGGACGUAUCGCGAGGUGCGAAGAUUUUUGCAAGAAGACAGGUGGAGAGCUAACUGGCCGCAGGGACUCUGGGAGUUGUGGACACUCUUCACGAGGGAUAUCCAACAAAUCUGUUGCAGUACCCAACUACAAGAUAUAUCCUGGCAGCAUCAAAGUACAUGCUUUAACUGACAUGAGAAAUCACCUUGGCUGAGCAUUGCACAAUUUUCGCUUUGGUCAAUAGCACACCUCUAUAAUAUACUGCAUAGCCACUCUGUCUCGAUCGCCAUGACUGAGGCUCAGGUAGUGGUAAACGGAGAAUCCCGUGGAAGACCUCUCUCUGACUCUGUCUUCUCCUCUCCUCACUCCACCGACGUGACCGACGUCGAUGAUAUUCCAAGGACCAAUGAAAUGGCCCGGAGCAAUGCAUGGAAUAAACCCCAGAUCAGUAUCGAGUCGGUGGACGGAGACGAUAUUGUGAUUGAGCCACUUUCCUCCCCCAUGACACCCCCGGAGAUAACCCUGAAAGGUUUAGAAGACAGCGGGAGUACCGACAAGGAACCUAGCAUGCAUGUCGAACCGACUCGCGUGUACCCCAAAACUCCACCACCAAGCUACAGGUUUCAUUCGCACGACCAGAGAAGCAGUUGCGAGGUGGACGGGAGGGAAGAAUCGUUCGAGGUGGAGACCAACCCAGAGAGAAAUGGGAAGAGAGAGUCGAGUGACAGCAAUUCUCUCACAAUCUGUCCCUCAACCACACGCUCCCUUUCCCUCCCGAAUGGGAUAACACUGGACGUGAAGAGGUUCUCUAGCAACUCUGACGAGACGGUCGACAGCGAAAUGGGGUCACCGACGGAGAAACGGAAGCGGAUGCGACACCUCGCCCCUCAUCUUCACCAGGACAGGCUGGGCAGCGCAGGGAGCAAUCUCUCGUCUCCGGAAACCUCUGACGAUUCAAGUUCCGAUGGCGCUGGUGAAGACGACAAGUCCGACAUACCUCUCCUGCCAGAACAAGAAGACGACAUAUUCAUUGACCCAGAGCUCUCUGUAAUACAGGAGCAGGCAAACACAAAGCUCAUAAGCUGGGCAUGCUCUGACUUUGUACCUGCGUGUCACCAGCUCUUGUCUCGCUGCUGCAAGAACGAGAAAUCAGCACUCAUCAAGUCGGCAAACAUCCAGGCCGACUUGAGGAGCCUGUCCAAUACCAUCACUUUCUUCUGCAGCGAGCAGCAGCAGCGUCUGAGUCAGGUAUUCCCAGUGAAACAGGGGGAAAAUAGGGGAGUAAGUCAGUCUACCAGCACACAGACAUUUCCACGACCGCAGAAGAACGCGGUUGAGCAGGGAGACGAAGAAACAGGCGUGGACCGAAGCUACGCCGUCAAGGUCCUGCGCAGCGCUUCACAAUCGCUCAUUGCACCUCUGCUUGUCCAGGCUUCCCAACGGGAAGGUUUCACUCCUGCUCUGCACCAGGCCAUCACCAAGGCCCUGCAGAAGAUUGCCUGGAAAGUGGAGGCCUGUGCGUCCUUCAACAACCCUAGCCAUUCGGUCGAAAUCCACGAAAAGAUAUUUGAUGCCAAACACUCCGAGAAGAUACGUGAGUUGAUGAUUCAGGCACUGCCACCUGCCCAGCCCAACCUCCGCACUGGUCAACCUUCCCUCGUGAAACUUAGGAAAACCUCACUGCCUAACAUUUCUCCUGAGCCUCCUGUGAUCCCAAUGAGGAGAGGUCAGAGUGUAACGAAAAAACUGGGUGAGGAUGUGGUUGUUGAAGCAGAUCUUCGGCAUCCUGAACUGACUCGUACUGGGGAGCCAGACAAAGAUGACGACGACGAUGACGUUUGGAAGGAAGGAGAAAAUGAAGGGAUUGAGGCUGAGGAGAGUUGCCGGCAAGAAGAAGAGAGUGGACCUGCAGCCACCAGUGAUCUUCAUGUAAUCACGGAGGAAGGAGGUGUCAGUGCCACAGACGUCGGUAGGCGAUCACCAUCGAAAAAGGAUAGAUCUCGAGAAACCACACCAAACCUGCCAAGGAGAGAGAGAAUCGCGACCGAGGGUGAGGCGGACUUGGUGGGAAAGUCUCCGCUCUUGAAAAAGAGCGAUUUAGGCGGGAGCAUACCCAAUCUGGACCGGGAGGAAGGAGACACGUUGAAUGACAGCAAUGCCAGUGUCAAGAGUGAAAGAUACUUCAGACCAAAGACGUUCCGUCGAACGACCAUCUCUCUGUCGCGGAAAGAGGUUCAAACGCUGGGUCUCACCGUGGCUAAACGAGUCGAUGAGUCGAUCCUGGACGACAUUCGCGUCCAGCGAGAACGAGAGGGGGCCCACAGGAGGUCAUGCAGACAGAAGACCCGGGGGAGCAAGAGCGAUGAGAAGCCUCCCCGUCACGUUGAUGACGGGCUGGCUCCCCGGCAGCGCCUGGAGCUGGAGGUACGAGACCAGCAGCAUGAGAACUACGGCAUUGAGAACCCUGAAGAUCUGGACAAGGUGGGGGAUAGACUCCACAACACUCUCACCAAGCGCUUUGACCGCUAUCGCAGUGCGAGCGUGUCAGACAUUAUCGACUGCGAGGAUGAGUCUGCUCCUUAUGUUGACUCCACUACUCCGGACCCUUCGAGUUCCGACCGAGAAUCGGACGUCUUCUCGCCCCAGCCUAAUCAGAGACUCGAACUGGUCCCUCGUCACCCACAGUUGUUCCGCAAUGCGAGUGCGCACCCCAGCGUAACAACCGCACCUUCGCAACCCGCCUCACCGAGCUAUGUCCCGGCACGAAGAAGCAUGCAGGUCACGGCAUCCUCCUCCUCCUCGUCUUGCGACUGGGUCAUUGUUGAGACAGACAAACAGAAGAAGUCUUCCAUGCGAGGCCGCGCAAAGGCCACCGUCAAAAAGAGCAUCUCCUCUUCUGGGAGACUUGCACAUCGCCUCUUUAAAACUGGUCUCUCCCUACGAAACAGCAGCUCAAGCGCGAAACCCAUGUCAAAGAGUCUCAGUGCAGCAGAUUUGCUGGAUGAAUCCUCAGUCAUUCACCAGCAGCAGUGUGCAGCACCUGCGGGUCCAUCGCGAUUGUCAAUGUCCAUCGCCACCUCGACGCCAUCCUACAACACGUCCACCCUCCCCUACCGUGGGAAGAGAAAGAACACAAUUGUGCGGCUAAUUCGUCGGGGGAAGGACUCCAGGUCGCGCAGCUUCGGGAAAUCCGACAAGUACUCCACGGGGAACUACCCCACCUGGCACCCAGAGGAUUUCGACUACGGCAGUGGAGACAAGUCGUUUGCCGAGAGCAUCGAAACCGUGUCGAGAAACGCCAUACACUCCAUUGCAUUCGAUGAUGAGGAGCAGCUCUUGAUAUCGGUGGAUAUGGCGUCAAAGAAACUGAGGAAGAAGCAGGGCAUUCAUAACGGAUCGUCUCUUGGAAGAGAGAGCAGUAAUCCUUGGUUCCAGAUCUCGGUCAACACCAACAUCAAACUGUUUGGUCGCCGAGACUACAUCAUUCUGAGACCCUUCAAGGAGAUUCAGAGGUUGAUUGACAGCCUCUCUACUCAUGGAGCCAUUGAUCUCCAGAUACCUCGACCGGACAAGAAGUCGGGGGCCAAGAAGCAGAUGAAAGGGAUGGAGGAUCUCCUCCGCUCCAUCGCUGGAAACCCUCACCUCCGCAGUAACCAAGCCUUCAUCACAUUCCUACGCCCUGACGAUCAGUUUGGCAGCUUUACCGAGAACGACCAUUCUGAAGUGAGUUUUGAGCGACUGAUGACCUUCUACACCCCCGACCUCAGCUCUGGUCCUCCGGGAUCAUUCCCCAGUGUUCAGAUUGUUCCCGCUGAACAUGUCCCUGCUGAGCCAGCAGACAUGCCCCGCAAGUCGUCUCUGACCGCAGGUCACAAAAAGGGAUCCAUGCACUACAUGAAGAGAGACGGCAAAGAAGACACUUCCACAUUCGUCAUUCAGGAAGAGGGAGAAGAUGCUCUGAUAGUGGCGUGUGAGGACGACCACUAUGUGGUGGUGGCUGGGACCUUUGAGAAACUGGUGGAGCAGCUGGCCUGCGAAGAGAAACCUGAUGCUCGGUUUGUGACCACAUUCCUCCUUGGCUAUCGUCAUUUCGCCACUACUCUCGAGUUCCUUACAAAGCUCUUGGAAAGAUUCCACAUGAAGCUGCCUCCCAAUCCAACAGGUGAGGAGAUGGCAUAUGCAGAGAAAUGGAGUUACGUCAUCCAACUCAGGGUGCUGGAUAUCCUGACCUACUGGAUGAAGAAAUGCUGGCCCGACGUCUACCGCCAUCCUCCUGUGCUGGAGAAACUGCGGGAGUUUGCCUCGUCUCUCAAGUCAACCGAGGAUCACAACUUCCAGUAUGCCGGAACCAACAUAGAGAAAAUCAUCACGGAAAAGAUGGCUAACAGUGGUCACUACUGUCUUCCGUCAGACCUGACGCCAGCCUCCUGUCCCUCUCCCACCCUCUCAGCCUCACACCCUCCCACCUCACCCUCACACCAUCGCCACCUCACGUCGUCACGGGGCUCCGGAGGGGGCUCACCCUCUCAUCAGACCCUCAUUAAGAGGCCGUCGGCUGGGGGCAGCCCCCGCUCAAUAUCGGUGUCCCCUAUUCAUCGUAUCAGGGGAGAAGAGGGAGGGAGCAGUAGUAGCAGCUAUUCCUCAGUCGACAUCUGCUCUCUGCCUGCUAUACAGCUUGCCAGACAGUUGACUCUGAUAGAGCUGGAGUUCCUGAGAGCCAUCGACGUCCACGAGCUGGUGGUUUCUACAUGGGACCCCAACACCGCAGAAAACAAACCGUACCGUAGAAACCUCGACGCGUUCAUCGAGCGAUUCAACAAGGUCAGCUACUGGGUGGCGAGCGAGAUCUGCUGCGUGGAGGACGUGCGACUGCGCGGGAUACUGCUGGAGAAGUUCAUCGAGGUGGCGAAACACUGCCACGAGUUCAAGAACUACAACACGACCAUCUCUGUUAUGUCGGGGCUCUCUCUGGUUGCAGUCCGGAGACUCAAGAGAAGCUGGGAGCUGGUGAACGAGAAGACGAAAAAGGUGUUCACUAAACUCCAGGCUCUCACUUCACCCACCACCAACCACAGCAACUACCGCAGAGCACUGGCCACUGCUCAACGCAGAGAUCCCUGCAUCCCUUACUUAGGUGUGUUUAUGAGAGACUUGACUUUCUUCAACGACGGAAACAACAAAAGGCUAAAGAACGGUCUCUACAACUUUUCCAAACUAAGGACAAUGGUCUACAAGUUUGAGGAGCUGAAGAGAUACCAGAGGUCAAAGUACUUCUUUCCUCCCGAAGAAAAGAUUCGAGAGUUUUGUCGCAAUUUGUGGUGCCUAUCAGAGCAAGAAUUGUAUGAUACUUCACUGAGAGUGGAGCCACGAGAAGAGACUGACGUAUGAGCGAGACACAUUGGCUCUUAGUUUCACGUUCUCCUGUGUCUCUCUUCUCUUCCCUCACCUCCUCAUUUUUGUUGCAAUCAAUGUGUGUGUUCAUGCAAUUUUUCAUCAUUAUUAUUUUUGUCAACUAUUAUUAAUUUUUCUGCAUCAUUGUUCUAACUGUCAAAAAUUAUUUUUGUGCAUGCUUUUAAGCCAUAUUAUAUUAUUAUUGGAAG